CAGUCUAUUUCAACAGUAGCACCCAUGAAUAAUACUGCUGCUAUUACGACUAAUGCUGUCGCUUCUGCCGCUGCCACUGCUACUACUGUCAAUACAACUACAACUAAUACAACAACACCCCAAUCGUUUAUUGGCCGUGGUUCUGACGUCGAGAUGUUACAAGCGCUACAAGAUUUUGUUCAACCCGACGAGGUGUUCAUCUUUCCACCGAUAUCUCGAUUAACGCUAAACUUUUUUGUCCCGAUUGUUGAGCAUAGUUAUCGUAGUCUUGGAUUGAAACGUCCAAAAAUUCAUUCAAUUGAAAAGCUGUCCUGGUCAACACCACGUAUAGCACCGUUUAUUAAUACAAUUACUGAGACAAUAUUGAUUAUUAUCAUCGGUUUGACAUGUUUUAUUAUCUUUCCUGAUUCACGAUUAGCAGUGAAUACACCAGCAUUUUAUAUUAUCCUAUUUAUUGCUUUUAUGAUACAUACCCUGCUGUUAGUAUUAUUCAUCUCAGAUUUAGCUGCAUGGGCAUGGUGUCCAAGACGUCGAGAUAAUACUAAUGUUAAUAAUAAAUCUGUAACAAAAAAACCUCAAAAUCGUAAUGAUUGGCGACGUAUUGUAAUUCGAUUAUACGGAAGGUUAUUUCGUUGGAAAUCACGUAAUAUUAUUGGUGUAUUUAUAUUGAUUUUACCGACAUCACUAAUAUUAUCUUCAUAUUCGUAUUGUUUAUUUACAAGUUAUACAACCACAUCAGUGAUCGCAAAAUGGAAUACAAUCUAUUCACCCAUAUUAUAUGCCACUUAUCGUACACAAAUCGGAUUAUUAUUCACAUUUAUGUUUAUUAAUUGUACUCUAUAUACAUCAUUCUCAUCAUGGACAAAAACAGCAUCAGCAACAUUUGUUUGUUUAUUGGGUUGCCUAUUGAUUGGUUUACAUAAAGUUAUACAAUCGACAUGUUCAUUGGAGCAUAUUCAAUCAUGGUAUCCUGUUAUGCUGAAUAGUUUCAAUGUAUCAGCUAAUCAGAUACCACUUUCUCUAUCAACAUCAUCAUCAUCAUCAACAACAAUGUCGUUGCCGACCUAUCCGCUAUGGUUAUAUACAGCUUUAUCAGACAAUGCGAUUAGUGAGUACAUCUUGAUAGCAUUGCUUACACUCAUUCUAGUCGGUAUGUUAAAUCGUGAAUUCGAUAUAAACUUCCGGCUAAGUUUUCAUCGAGAUUAUGAAGCACUACGAGCUAAACAAGCUAUUGGUCAUCAAAAAUUACAAGCAGAUUGGUUAUUAGAGAAUAUUAUCCCCUAUUAUAUUAUGAAUGAUUUACGUCAGCAUAAUAAAUAUUCACAGCAUAUAGAAGAUGCUGGUGUAGUAUUCGCCUGCAUAGCUAAUUUCUCUGAAUUCUAUGAUGAACAAUAUCAAGGUGGUCAAGAGAUGUUACGUGUAUUGAAUGAAAUAUUUGCUGAUUUUGAACAUCAGUUGGCUGCACCAAAGUAUAAAGAUGUUGAAAAGAUUAAAACAAUCGGGGCGUGUUUUAUGGCAGCGUCUGGAUUGAAUAUGACUGAAAGAAAACGGAAUAAACAACCAGAUGAACAUUUAUGGGCAUUACUUGAUUUCGCCUUAGAUUUAAUUCAUACACUGGAUGAUUUCAAUCGUCAAAUGUUUAAUUUCCAGUUUGAAUUAAAAGUUGGCUAUAAUAUUGGUGAAGUGACAGCUGGUGUCAUUGGUACAACUAAAUUACUGUAUGAUAUAUGGGGGGAUACAGUCAAUGUGGCGAGUCGUAUGUAUUCGACUGGAUUAAAGGGCAGAAUACAAGUGGCUGAGACAGUGGCUAAACGUUUAGAAUCACGUUAUAUAUUUGAAUAUCGUGGUGAGGUGUUUGUCAAGGGUAAAGGGGAUAUGAAAACCUAUUUACUUGUUAGUCGUCGCAAUGAUAAACGUGAUAGUAAAUAAUAGAUAUAUAUAAAUAUAUUUUAAAAUAAAUGCAUAAAGUUCAAUGAAUCACUUGACUUUAUUUAUGGAAUUUAUUCAAAGUAUGAUAAUAAUAAUUAUUAUAAUAAUAUUUAAUGAAAUUAAUAUAAUACUUUAUUCUCAUUAUACCACCUAUAAUUUAAUCUACUUCCGUAUGAUCUGUUUAGAAGUUUCACUAUUGGAUUGCA